AUGGUACUCUCCUUGUCAGGUUAUGGUGUCGGAUUUGAUGUAGGGCCUAUGGAAGGUGGGAUUGUUGGUGUUGUUGAUAGGAUUAUCGGUGUUGUGGAUGAUGCUACUGGGAGUAUCGGUGUUGUUGGUACAAUUGGUACUACUAUUGUUACUGAUGGAAUUAUCAAUGUUGUUGAUGUUGUUGCUGGGAUUAUUGGUGUUGUGGAUGUUGCUGGUGCUAUUGCUGCUAUUCUCAGUUUGGUAGGUGCGGUUGGUACAACUGUUGGGAGUAUCGGUGUUGCAGAUAUAAUCAAGGAUGGCCUUCUUGGAGUAACUGGUUGA